AUGAUCAUCGAUCUAAUAAAGAGUGCUGCAUCAUUCUCACUACCAUCUUUCACUCACGUCUUUCUUUUUACUCUUUCCCAUUUUCCUUUAUUUUCUCUCUUCCAUCUCAUACUUUCUUUUGUUAUUAUCGUCCUUCAUAAAUAUAUUCACCUCCCUUUUUCACGACUCUGUCUCUCUCUUUCUUUCUCACUCUCUAUCACUUUCUUUCUCACUCUCUCUCACUUUCUUUCUCUCUCUCUUUUUCUCUCUCUCUCUUUCUCACUUUCUUUCUCUCUUUUUCUCUCUCUCUCUUUCUCUCUCUCUCUUUCUCUCUCUCUCUCUCUCUUUCUCGUCCUUUUAUGCACACAGGAAUACAAAUUCUCUUCUCUUUUAUACCCCUGCUUCUCAGACAUGUUUUUUUCUAUCACUUACCUCACUCAGUCACUUUGUCAAUUCACACAGUUACCUCGUUAUUUCUUUUCAACAUUAUCAACCUACUCCCUUCCUCCUCCUCUUCAUCUCCCUCUCUUCUACCCUUUUCUGUUUUUACUUUUUCUUAAACUACUCUCUUUCUCUUCCUCUAUCUCUCUCCCUCUAAAUAUUUUCUCUCUUCUACCUUUCCUUGUUUUCUUUUUUCUUGAGGUACUUCAUUCCUCUUUCUCUUUCUCUCAUCGCCUUUUCUUUUCUACCCUUUCCAUUUUCUCCUUUUUUUUCUUUUUCUUAACCUACUCUCUUUCUCUUUCACUCUCUCUUUUUCUUUCUUUUCACCUAGUCUUACUCUACCUCUACUCUAUUUUUCUCUCUUCUACCGUUUCCUCUUUUUGCCUCUCUCUCUCUCUCUCUCUCUAUCUAUCUAUCUAUCUAUCUAUCUAUCUAUCUAUCUAUCUAUCUCUAUCUCUCUCGUCUUCUUUUACACACACAUACAUACAAAAUCUCCCUCUCUCUUUCUCUUCGCUCUUUCUCUCGUCUACCUUUUCCUCUUUUUUAAUUCUCUCUUUCUCUCUCUCUCUCUCUCUCUCUCUCUCUCUCUCUUUCUCUCUGCAAUCGCAACCGAAGUCUCCAUUUUCCUAUCAAUCUACUCCUAUUUCUUUUUCUUCUUUUCUCCUCCUCCAAUUUCUUAUUUUCUCUUUUUUCUUUUCAUUUUGUCUUUAUUUUUACUUCCUUUUGUUUGUUUGUUUUUCUUUUUUUCUUUUCCUGUCCAUCUUUUUCGCUCUUGUUCCUUUAUUUUUAACUUCUUUUUCCUUUUUAUCUUUAUUUAUCCUUUUCUUUAACUCACUUUUUGUUUUUUUAUCCUCUUCUUUCUAUUCUUUUAAUUCUUUUUCUCCCCAUUUGCUAAUAAUAUCAAUGCAUUUCUUCUUCUUCUUCUUCUUCUUCUUCUUCUUCUUCUUCUUCUUCUUCUUCUUCUUCUUCUUCUUCUUCGUGCCAUAA